AUGGGGUUGUCUCUCCUCUACGCGCUCUGUCUCUGGAUGACUUGUGUCUCCCCUGCGGUGGGGACAGGGUUUGUUUACCGCUUUCCAGGAAUCACAGUGCAGCGGCCGCGCAUCAAGUCGGAUCUGAGUGGCAGCACCGGACCCCCAGGUACCGGGACCCGGACCCAGCUCAGGAACUGGUGUCAGUACACUGUCUCCAAAACCGUGUCCUGUCAGGUGCACAAUGGCUCUGAAACCACAGUGCAGAGAGUGUAUCAGGGCUGCCGGUGGCCCGGACCCUGUUCCAAAGUCAUCAGCUACAGGACCCUUAUCAGACCCUCCUUCAAGGUCACCUACAAACAAGUCACAGCCCUGGAGUGGAGAUGCUGUCCAGGCUUCCUGGGAGAAGAGUGUCGUGAAGAGUGUAUGAACUGUACCAGCUUCACUGACAUGAACAGCCGACUUCUUGCAGUUGAAUCCAAGAUCAGGCUGUUAGCAGAGGGACGUCCUUCACUGCCGACAGUCAACGGUUUCCCAGAGGGCUCAACGGACAACGAGGUGGACACACCUCAACCAACUCCUAUCGGACCCCCGUCACACCUGCCACCAGUACCAGGAAGCAUUGGGCCUCAAGGGCCCAUUGGACCCCCAGGACUUCCUGGUUCUGCUGGACCUCAGGGUUUUGCUGGAAGACCAGGCCUUCCUGGACCCAGCGGACCAAAAGGGGACAGAGGUCUACCUGGGGAUGGAGGUCUAACUGGCCCUCCUGGUCCACCGGGUCCUCCGGGGCCAAGCUCCUCUCCCGUCCAAGUGAGAGGGGAUGUCUUUCAGGUCGAUGACCAAGGUGAGCAGACUAACCACACACCUCCCCCUGCUCCUCAGAUCCUAGUCGGGCCACCCGGUCCAACGGGUCCCUCCGGCCCCUCAGGACCAAGAGGACCUGCAGGGUUACCGGGCAUGCCUGGACAAGACGGCAAGGAAGGCCUCCAAGGCAAGCUUGGAGAUCUGGGGCCUAGAGGAGAUCCAGGACAAAGGGGGACUCCAGGUGUAGCAGGCGAGCAUGGUCUACCUGGAGCACCGGGGCCAAAAGGAGAGCCAGGAGCAGGCUUGAAUGAGGGAGAGGCCGUGCAGCAGCUCAGAGAGGCCCUGAAGAUCCUGGCCGAGCGGGUCUUGAUCCUGGAGCACAUGAUCGGCAUUCACGACAUCUCUGAAGGAUCUGGAUUUGGAAACAUUUUGGACCCGCUCUCUUUCCCUGCCAUAAAGAAGACCAAGCGUCUUCAGCCCGUUCAAACCGAGCCUCAAACUCCAGCGCUGGUGGGGAGACAAAGACGAUCCCCCUUUUAAGAGUCCAUUGUCUCAUUCUGUACAUGUGGUCUUGUGUGUGAGAGAUGUUGCAAAUUUUGCUGAAAGUUUUGUUCAUGUAAUUUUCCCUUGUGACUUAACAUUUUGGAAUUUAUUUUUGUCUAAUUGUCUUAAGUACUGUUGUGAAAAUGA